AUGAAAAAAGAAGUAAAAAGAAAAUUAAAAAAAAAAUUUCUUGAAGAUGGAGUUGAAUUACCUCCAAUUUCUCAAAUUUAAGAAGAAGAAGAAGAAGAAGAAGAAUAAGAAGACUAAGAAGAAGAAAAAGAUUAAAUAAAUGAAUCUCCUUCUCAAAAAAAACUGCAUAAAAACUCUAUUUCCCUAAAUUAAAAAUUAACUCAAAUUUCAGUAUAACAACUUUAGUUAAUAGAAAUCGAAUAAAUUCGAGAAAGAUCAAAGGCUAUAAUUUAAAUUCAAAUUACAACUUCAGAUGAGGAAGAAGAAGAAGAUGAAGAAUAGGAAGAAAUAAAAAAAAAAUUGGAAGAGGAAAAAAUUGCAAUAAAUACUAAAUUAAAACAUUUGAAUUUUAAAAGAUAAUAAAUAAAAUCAGAAUCUAGUGAAUAGGAAAAUGAAUUCAAAUUUUUUAACUAUAAUGAUCAAGAAACAGAAGUUUAAGACCUUUCAGAUGGUUCAGAAUAAUAAAAAAAAGAAAAUUUAUCCUAAGAAGUUUUGUCUAAUGAAAGUAUUGAUAAAGAUAUUGAAACUUAAGACAUAUUUUUGGAUAGUAUUUAAGUAAAAGAAGAUGAAUAAAAAAACAAUUAAUAAAGUUUAUAAUAAAUUUUCUAAAAUGAAAAUAAUAAUAAUAAUGAAAGUAAUAUUAAUUUUACAGAAACAGCUCCUUUAGCAAAGAGAAUUUCGUAAUCUUAAUAGAAUAAAGUACCAGAAACAUCAAAUUAAAAUAUAGGUUUAAAUGAAGAUGAUAAUAAUAAUAAUAAUAAUAAUAAUAAUAAUAAUAUUGUAAAAGAAAAAAAUAUUAAAAAAAAAAAAAAAUUUAAUUGGAGUAAUUAUAUUAGAUUACUUUGGUAUCUAAAAAAAUAAUAUAAAUUAGUCUUAAUAGGUUAUUUUUAUGUAAUACUUUAAUCAAUUACUUAAAUUUAUAUUCCUUCCUUUUCCGGUAAGUUAUUAGAUGCUACUACUCACGAAUUUAGUAUGAAAAAUUUAAAUGAUAUUGCUUUAUAUGCCAUUCUUUUAUAUUUAUUAAAUUCGACAAGUGCUUUUUUUAGAACCUGUAUAUUUAAUGUUAUUGGAGAAAAAAUUGUUAAUGAAUUAAAAAAUGAAUGUUUUGAGAAAUUUAUCCUUAAUGAUAUUUCUUUUCAUGAUAAAUAAUUAUCAGGUGAACUAGUUAGUAGAUUAUAAAUUGAUAUAAUGUCAUCUAAAUCUGCUGUAAGUAGUAAUAUGUCAAACGGUAUUAGAAAUAUAUUUAUUUGUAUAGGAAAUUCAAUUAUGCUUUUUAAGAUUUCAAAAAGCCUUUUUUGUAUUAUAAUUUUAUUAAUUCCUAUAUUUUUAAUAAUUUCUGGUGUAUAUGGCCGUUAUUUACGAAAAAUCACCAAACACUAUUAAGAUUAAUCUGCAAAAGUAAAUGCAAAUAUAUCUGAAUGUUUAUAAAAUAUAAAGACAGUAAAAGCUUUUUCCUCAGAGUUAAAAAUGAUUGAUAAAUUUAAAAAUAUUCUUCAAGACUAAUAUAAUUUAGGAUUUAAGAAAAGUAAAUCUAAUGGACUUUAUUCGGGAGCGAUUUCUUUCGUUACAAAUAUUGCAACUUUGAGUGUUUUAUGGUUAGGAGGGUAUUUGGUGUUAACUAAAAAUAAGUUAACAUCGGGAGAGUUGGCAUCUGUUAUUUUAUAUACAAAUUCUUUGGCUGAUUCUUCUGCUUCUAUUAGUUCUUCUUUCACCAAAAUUGUUACUGCUUCAGCUUCUAUGUCCAGGCUUUUUAAAAUGAUCGAUAAAUAGCCCAAAGUAAAAAUCUAAGGUGGGCUUUAAGUUGAUUUUCAGGGGAAAAUAUAGUUCAAAAAUGUAGACUUUUACUAUAAAUUUCGCAAAAACUAACCUGUUUUAAACGAAUUGUGCUUAGAAAUUUUGCCUGGCGAAAGAGUAGCAUUUGUUGGUCAAAGUGGAUGCGGAAAAUCAACUAUUAUUAAGCUUUUGGAGAGAUUUUAUGAUGUAAAAAAAGGUGAAAUUCUUAUUGAUAAUAUAAAUAUUAAAGAUAUAGAUAUUGUAUAUUUGAGGUAAAAAAUAGGAUAUGUAAGUUAAGAACCAUUACUUUUUCAAGGUAGUAUAGAAGAAAAUAUAACAUAUGGAUUAAGAGGAGCUUAUACUUAAUAAUAAUUAGAUUAAGCCUGUAAAUUAGGACAUUGUUAUGAUUUUAUACAUAACGAGAAACUUUUUCCUUAAGGAUUUAAAACUAUAGUAGGAGAAAGUGGCUCUAAAUUAUCUGGUGGUUAAAAAUAAAGAAUUGCAAUUAGUAGGGCACUUAUUUUAUAACCAAGAAUUUUAAUUUUUGAUGAGGCGACAAGUGCAUUGGAUGCUGAAAGUGAAUUUUAAGUUUAAUAAGCAAUAGAAUAAUUAAUGAAAUAAAAAAAUGAUAUGACAAUUAUUAUGAUAGCUCAUAGGCUUAGUACGAUUGUAAAUUGUAAUAAAAUUGUUGUUUUGAAUAAAGGGAAAGUAGCCGAAAUAGGAACUCAUAAAGCUUUAUUGUAAAAAAAAGGAUAAUAUAAAUAGUUAUUUGAAAGGCAGUUAUCGGGAUUAACUAUAAAUUGA